AUGUUUGCUCAAGGCUCUGUAUCCGUACCCGCGGCCUCAGCCACCUCAUUGCCGUCACCUCGUAAGCCUACACACGUAGGAGGAGAAGAAGGUGGAAUGUUCAACUGGUCCCCGAGAUCUGCAGAUGAGGACGAGGAUACUCUUUGCCCCUGCUUGGUGGUUCCUGACGGUAUGGAAUUUGUUUUUUGCUGUCAGGGAGGCGGGGACAACAUUUGUGGGACAAGAGCUCUCUUUCAGCGUUGUCGACCUUGA